AUGAGCUCUAAAUUUCUGUUAAACUUGGCUAUCCAUACUUCUGGUAUAGGAUUCUUGAUAUCUCUUUUGUCGGAAAUUCUACUAUUGAUGUUGAUCGUUUACAAGUCAAGAGACAGUUUUGGAUACUACAAAAAUCUGAUGAUUGUGUAUAAUGUGGUACUGAUCAUGUAUUCCAUAGCAACGUCCAAUGCGAAUCUGGCCGCCCAUAGUACUGAAACUUCCUAUGUUCUAUUUCGGAUGUAUAAUGGCCCGAACAGAACCAUUGGUCCGCUGUUGAUUCUGCAAUUUUGCACUAUGUACGUCACCAUGCUGAUCAUUCUCUCCGUCCAUUUCAUCUACCGAUACGUAGCGGUCUUUUAUCAUCGAAUGCUUUGGAUAUUCAGCAAAUUCUACUUGGCUCUAUGGGUUCUCGGAUCAUUCACUCUCGGCUUGUUUCUGAUCUCUCUGAAGUAUUUCUUCCUCGGCGAGUUCGACUAUUUCACUGAUGAAUUGAGAGAAGUCUUCAAGAACAAUUACAAUCUCACAAUGGAUCAAGUAAUUUAUAACGGUCCGAUAUAUUACAUCUGUGAUGAUAAAGGAGAGUGCACUAAACCACUUGGUGUCUGGCUAACAAUGCUCGCACUGUGUUCCUGCUUCGUAAUCUGUCUGGGAGUGAUGGGAUAUUUUGGAACCCGUUGCUUUUAUAGACUAUCCCAAAUUAAAACGGAAUUGAGUGAACACACAAGGAAAAUGCAGAAACAGCUACUGUUCGCAUUAGUGAUUCAAGCAGGAAUUCCAAUUGUGAUUAUGUAUACGCCAACUGCUCUUCUCCUAGUCUCGCCAAUUAUAGGAAUUUCAUUCGGAGCCUAUUCGAACAUUGCGGUUUCCAUGGUUGCUGUGUAUCCUCCAAUCGAUCAGUUGGCCAUCAUUUGGAUUAUAAGAGACUAUAGAAAUGCUAUCAAAAGAAUGUUCUGCAAAAAAGUUGGACCACAGGAAGCAACGUCGAUCUACUCAAAAAAUAGAACUUCUCUCUAG